AAAAGGACCCGCGGCGACAGCGAAGCUGGCUAAUAGGUGGGAUUGAAGAGAUGCAUAUGCGAUGCUGUGUACUCACGAGGACGGCAUGUUUGGAUGCCCCCUUCUGCGGAAGCCAGGGCGGAGCAUAUGGCUUCCUUUUUCGUGUGUAUGCUGACGGCAUGGGCAAUUGGGAAAACAGGUUGCCGGUCGAUGAUGUGCAUGUAUUCAAGCACCCUUCUGCCGCUGUUGUGGUCAGCCAGCAACCUGGUUGCUGGCACCGAUAGAGGAAUUUUCAGCACUUUGGGGAGUCCAUUCGUCAACGGGCUUUCGCAGCCGGCGACUACACCACAGUUCCACGCUGUUUUGCGUCUUGCAGGUUGCUGGUGUGGCAUGUGUCGAUCGGCAUUGGACAUGGGGAGGAGCAAGGGCAUUACAGAUAUAUUAACUGGAAUGCAGAUGGCGUACAUUGUUGGCACCGGCGUAGGGGUUCGCGGACUUUUGGCACUAAAAGCCGCAGCUCAGCGCCGAAGGAUGCGUUGGCUGCAUAUCGCUUCAGCAGAGCAUACGGAGUUAAUUGAACAGCUUGGCCAAGACCGAGGCGAGUUCGCAGUCUUCGUAUCAGCACCCCUAUGCCUGGGCUGGCAUCACAGGCUUGAUGUUUGUGGGGCUGCGAUGAUCCGCCGCCAGGCAGCUGGUGGAGAGUGUGACCGCUCAAAAAGAUAGCGGACAUGCGAGCCGUGUGCCGUGCUGACUGCAAAGGCUCCCUGUCGCUACUUUUCCGAUGGCAAUUCGCCAGCCGCACCUCGGCAGGCUCUUGCUAGUACAGCCGAGUCGUGUAUGUGGCGGCCGCGCACAUUUGGUAUUGUCUGCUGGGCAGCCCUCAUUGUCCGCCAUGCACCUGAACCGAGUCGAAAUCCAGGGCAAUUGGAUAAGUAUAGGCAUCAACAAGCUUCUCUAGCCACACGGAAUAUAUGGGUAGGGCGAUUGCCACCUUUCUGGGCAGGAGUGUGGUGUGGCAUGUAGCCUGUUGUUUUAUCCAAUAGGAUCCGCCACCUGUUGGUGUUGACACAGCACGGCUCCACCCCUGGUGGUUAGUGCCAAGUAUCUGUCCUGGACACAGGGUCCAUAUCUCCUUGUGCACCAUGUGGUCACCAUCGCCAUUUACUG